CAAGGACCGCGGAUUUAGGUCGCCUUGAAUAAGCAAGCGUAAUUUUUACGCAAGGCUAACGUUAGAAUCAACAGGACGUAUUCACGAUUUUUCGUUGCUAGGCCAAGAUCUAAGAACAGCAGACGACAGCUGUGCUGAUUCGUAUUCCACAAUGGCAUCGAAUCCAGUUAAUGUUCAUUUGCUACAUGCCGCAAAUAAUUCUGAUGGUUUGUCUCAAUCUCCUGCACUGUCAGCUCAAGCCAUUAAUACUAUCCAUGACCAGGAAUGUAGUGGAACACCGCUUAAUACACCAUGGAGUUGGUUUCUAGAUAAAACUGUUCGCGGAGUUUCUGCCGCAGAAUACGAAGCAAAUUUGAAAAAAAUUUACACUUUCUCUAAAGCAGAGACCUUCUGGUCUGUUUACCAUAAUAUCCCUUCAGUUGCAGAAAUUCAGAUGAGGUACAGUUAUCAUCUGAUGAGAGAGGAAAGACGUCCACUGUGGGAGGAGCCUUAUAACCGUAAUGGUGGCACUUGGAAGAUAAAAUGCUUCAAACCAGACACAGUGACUAUCUGGAGAGAAUUGCUACUUGCAGCUAUUGGAGAACAGUUCACAAAUUUUGUGGAUCCUGAAGAUGACAUCUGUGGAGUGUCUGUAUCUGUCAGAGAAAGGGAUGACAUUGUCCAGGUCUGGAAUGUGGACAGCACAAAAGCAGACAAAGCCAAAAUUGUUCAGAAGAUUCAAGAGCUAUGCCCCAAUAUUGAGUUUCAGGCAGUCUUUUACAAGCCUCAUCAGACUCACCAUGCAUAUGAGGGAGUCAAACAUUAAAGAAGCCCAUAUGCUGCCACGCAUACAAUUAUGGUGGGGAAUGUGCUACUUCGCAGCACUUAUUGCGCCACACAUUUCCCAUCUAUCUUUAUUGAGUUCUUUAGAUAUUGCGUCAUAUUUUGUUUCUAAUGGUUUAAAAGGAAUCGUUCCCAUUAGGGUAAGGGUAGUACGCAACGGGCAAACUGUUACCCCCUUAAGUUGAUCCGUUUUAUCUUUGAAAGAGUAUACCUGUACAUUGAACGAAAUUGGCCAUAUAUGUGUAAAUACGAAUCAAAUACACGCGGUAAAA